UAUUAAUCUACCCUUUGACUCAUAUUCAACUUAAUUUUAAAACCUUCUUAUUAAUUUCUUAUAAUUUAUUAGCAUAUUUAUAUAAAGUGCUUAAUUUAAAAGGACCUUUCAGUUUGUAAAGAUUUAUAAAUAAAUAAUUUUAAUAGCCAAAACAAUAAAAGAAAAUUUAUAAUUCAUGGAUAGUUAAUAAAAGUAAAUCUAAAUGGAACUGGAGAAUGACAGCUUUUCUCAAACACAGACAAUAUCUGACAAAUUUAAUAGUUAAAUAAAGCAAUCUGUCUAUUAUAUCAAAGCUUUGUAAAAACAAAAAGAUUCAAUUUAAAAAUACUUCCAAGAUCUGCUCAGCGAUACUAGCUUGCUCACUUUAGAAACAAAAAUAAAUUUACAAAUGUAACAAAAAUGGUUCAACAAAUUCUUUGAUGGUUUUUGUUUAAAUGACGAUGAUUAAAUUCAACAACACAUGAAUCUCAAAGAAAACAUCUUCAACUAGUACUCAAAUUUUCUGAAAGACUUUAAAUGCUCUUUUUAUACAAUUUUCAUAAAAGAUCUUAAAUAUUUACCUGAUAUUGAAUAUUUCUACGAUUCUAACUCUAAAAUUGAAACACAACAUAAUAAUUAGGACUAAAUCGCUUACGAAUACGAUAGUCUUAAAUUUAUUAUUGCUAUAAGUCAUCUCGUUCUUUAUAUUUAUUACUAUUUUUUACACAAACAUAAAAUGAUCUAUCUGACUAACGAAAUGUUUAAUGCUCAGCCUAAAUUAAUUGAUAUUGCUUCCAUUUCUCAUAUUGACUAUAUCAUUUACUUCUACGAAAAUUACAGCGAAAAUGCUUUCUAGGAAGAAGGUGAGAGUCUCGAAGAUAGCUUCAAACUAGAGAUAGUCGACUAUGACAUGGAAAUUGACCAGUUUGAUAAUUUUUUGGAAACAAUUAAGCUAAUUUCUGAAGUCGAUGAAGAUAUAAUUAAAUUUAUUCCUAAAAUAGAAGAUUUAUAUGGCUUUUUCUUAGCUAAGCAGCAGACCAUUUAACUGUGGAAAGAAAACAACCGAAAGAAGUAACAGCUGGAAAACAUGUUUUAUGAUGUUGUUGAAACUUCUAUUUUAAGCAUGUCAAUACAUAAUAAUAAAUACAUUGAUAAUAAAAACUUCAAUUAGUUUUAUUUACAUCCUUAUAUUAUUAUAAAUAAUCUUGCUUUCAAUCAUUUUGUUUCACCCACAAGGAUAGUGCAAGAAAAUAUGAAAGAAAACAUUCCAUUUUUUGACACCUUGUAUUCUAUUAUUUUAGCUUAGUUCAGAAAGAUAUUCUUAAAAAAUUGCUUUAUUUCUAAUGACUCUUCAAAGCAAUCAAAUAAAGAUAAAACCUCAAUCCAAGCUACAGAAGAAAUUAAAAUAUCUCUAAAGCAAAGUAAAAAAUCUACAAGCAAAGAGCCAUAAACCCGCUAGCAGCGCAUGGAACUAUAAAAAUGUCUGAAUUUAAUACAAGAAACAAUUUUAGCAACUAAAUCAUCUGUGCACAGCUUUAGCAAGCUAGCAGAAUAAAUUUUCUUAAAUAUAACAUGAAAAAUUAACUUAAAAACAAUAAAAUAAAUCUGUAAAACUAAAAUAAUUUAUUUAACUCAACUAAUAAAUUAAACCUGCUUAUUUUAUAAAAACACUUCAGUAAAUAAAAUAUGUAGAUGCAUGCAUAUUAACUUUUAUCUCAAACAUUUUUAUUUUUUUACAUUAUACUGAUUAAAAUAACUUCAUCAAAAUAAAUUUAUUUUUAUUUUAAGAUUGAUUAACUUUGCAAAAUUUCAAAAAUAUUUCUUUUUUGUAGGACUCUCAUGGCUGAUUGGGAGAUCUUUAAACAGUCCGCUUUGUGUUUUUUUAUGAUUUGGACAAAGAGAGCAAGUUGCUUUAUUAAUUGCUAUUUAUUCUUUCAGUGGAAGAUUUUCAGGAGCAAAUUCUUUAUUUAAAGAUUUAACUUGGCUUACUAGCAAUAUAGAAGACUAUUGCAAAGGAGGAGCUCCUACUUAAGAUUUUUCUAGCACAACUUAGUUUUUUAUGCUGUUGAAUUGAGGAAAUUUCUUUUGAAGUUCUUCCAAAAUAUGCUUUUAAUCUGAACAUUAUUAAGUUGCUACAUUUGAGUUUUCACAUUAUCCUUAUUUACUAUCGCUCUAUUAAACUGUUAUUUGCUAUGAGACAGAAGGCUAAACUCUUGAAAUAGAAGGAGGACGAUUCUUUAAAGUAGGAAAACGAUUCAAAACCUCUUCAGGGACAUUGUCUUAAUUGUACCUUGACAUCUUAUAAUUAGUUUUAUUGAUCUAAAUGCUAUUGUUUUUUGAUAAAAUCAAAUAAAUUUAUAGUUAUUAUUAAUAUUAUCAAUAAUAAGCUUAAUCAAAUGAAAUACCACACUUUUAUCAAUAAAAAUUAAUUGCUU